AUGAACAAUGGACAUGAUGACCCCCAAGCUGUCAUGGCUAAGAAGAUCUCCACUUUAAAACCCCCUACCUUUGUUUGCAAAGAGGACCCUAUGCUAUUAGAGAAUUGGUUACGUGACAUGGAGAAAAUCUUUACUGCAAAUGGAACACCUGAGACCCAAAAGGUUAACCAAGCUACGUUUUACCUACGUGAGGAUGCUGACACAUGGUGGGAAACUGAGGGACAAACCAUUAGUAACCAACCAAACUUUGACUGGGAUUCUUUUAAGGGUGCUAUUAGAGGUCGAUUCUUCCCUGAACAUAUUAGGAGACAAAAGUGCAGUGAAUUCAAUAGGUUGAACCAAGGGAAGUUUAUGAGUGUCAAGGAAUAUGCCCAAAAGAUACAAACUAGGUUAGGAGGAAGUACCUCAUCUACCCUUGCGGAGGCUUAUUCUAAGGCGUGUAAUAUGGAGAGGAUCUUACAAAGAGAAGAAGAUGUGUUGGGAAGGAACAAGAGGAAAGACCAAAGUAAUGCGGAUAGUCAAAGUAAUGAUAAACGACCUCGUUUUGGUAACAAUGGGGGUAAUGGUAGGAACAAUCACCACGGAGGAGGACAUAACAAUAGUAACUACCAAAACCCUAGGCAGAAUGAAAACCAGCAAAGGAAUGGUAACCAGAGGGCUUGGGUUUGUAAGAAAUGUGAGAAGAGUCAUUCGGGCUAUACGUGUCAAGGCGAACCAAUUAAAUGUUAUGCUUAUGGCGAAGCUGGACAUAAGGCUAAUUAUUGUCCCAAGAGGCAAGAAGGAAACCAACCAGGGCAGAAUGGACACAACAAGGGCUAUAACAACAAUGGAGGAGGAUCUAGGAACCAUAACUUCAACAACAACCGCUCGAACAAUACUCAAGCAGGAAGUGAUUCAGCAAAUGACAAGUACAACGCGAACAAGAAUCAGAACAACAAUGGCAACAAUGGAAAUAGAGGACGCACUUUCAAUGGGAGACUCCACGUUAUGAGCAAGAGUGAAGCUGAGUCGGACGCCAACAUUGUGAGGGGUACUUUCCUUGUAAACUCUAAACCUGCUUUUGUACUCUUUGAUUAUGGAGCUUCACAUUCAUUUUUAUCUAAAUCUUUUAUCGAAAAACAUUCCCUUAAACCUUCUUCCUCAUGUCAAGCUAAGGUAACCACAUCCUCAGGUGAAACCUUUCUCAGUAAGAACCUUUACUUAGGUAUGCCUAUUGUCAUCUCUGAAACCGAACUACCCGUGAAGCUUAUCGAGUUUAAUUUAAAAGACUUCGAUUUGGUUUUGGGAAUGGAUUGGUUAAGGAAGUAUCAGGCAAAAAUCAAUUGUGCUAAACAGAGAAUUACCUUUAGAGGCCCUAAGGGAAAUAAACUAACCUACCAAGAAACUACUUCCGAGCCACCAAAGACCAAGCUUAUCUCCGCCUUAAAUCUCCAGACCCGUCUUAGGAAAGGCUACCCCGUAAUUUGUGCCAUGUAA